CCAUUUUUUUGGCUGGAGUGGCGGGGGUGGAUAGCGAAUGGGAUAAAGGGAAACUAGGGAGGGGAUGAAGUUUGCUAUAUUGUUGCGUAUACGGCGGAAGGUGGGCUGGAGUAUAAAGUUUAAGGGAGGCUCGAGACUACCCCUGACCUGGAACUAAUGCUCCCACAGAGGUCCUCCCGGUGGUUUAGUCCGGCCUGGCCUACCGGACCUGCCCGACCAUCGUCGGCCGCGGCUCAGCUAAGCUCCCGGCACCGCCUCCUUCUAGCCCGCGGUAGGCUGCGGCGCUUCUGUGGGUGGGGGAAGGCAGGAUUGACGCCGAGUCUGAGGAUGACAACAGCAACACGACAAGAAGUUCUUGGCCUCUACCGCAGAAUUUUCAGGCUUGCGAGGAAAUGGCAGGCGGCAUCAGGGCAGAUGGAAGACACCAUUAAAGAAAAACAGUACAUAUUAAAUGAAGCCAGAACACUGUUCCAGAAAAACAAAAAUCUCACAGACGCAGACCUGAUUAAACAGUGUGUAGAUGAAUGCACAGCCAGGAUUGAAAUUGGACUGCAUUACCAGAUUCCUUAUCCAAGGCCAAUUCAUCUGCCUCCAAUGGGCCUUACUCCACUACGAGGCCGGGGACUUCGAAGCCAGGAAAAACUGAGGAAACUUUCCAAACCAGUAUAUCUCAAGUCUCAUGAUGAGAUUUCUUAACCCAGAAGAAAAUUUAUUUCUCAGAAUGAUGAGCCAACUAGGUCUUGAAUGUAAACCAGAUGACAAAACCCUUCUGUUUAAUUAGGGGCAAAAAUUUAAGUAUCUUCUUAAAAACAUCAAAAAUAUUGGUAUUCACCCCAUGGUCUGUGCUCACACAUCCUUACAGUUCAUCAGGUCUUGCUGCCUACAUGGAUGACACUAACCCUAGAGGUUACACCCUCACUGAAGCAUCAUUUGGAAACAAGACUAAGGCCUGUAUGUAGAAGGAAGACAAAGCUUUUUCAUGGAAAUGCCAUUUGCCAGACAUGCCAGCUGAUAGGAAGAAAUUAGCCAGUUGUUGGAACUUCUCAUAGCUACUAUAAAACUAUAUACACCACCUUCAGAAUAUUUUUUGGCUUUUUUUCCCCCAAGUUUUUGCUUAAAAAACAAAGUCUUCCUCGAAAGUGGGGUUUCUUUGUGUAUGUUUUGUUAUCUUUUGACCUUCCCAAUUUCCAGAUAAAUUCUCCUUAAAAAGUGCAUCAUUGGGGGUGCCUGGGUGGCGCAGUCAGUUAAGCAUCUAACUUUUGAUUUCAGCUCAGGUCCUGAUUCGAGGUCUUGGGUUUGAGCCCUGCGUUGGGCUCCACACUCAGCAGGGAAUCUGCUUGAGGAUUCUCUCUCCCUCUCCAUCUGCCCCUCCCCCUGUUUGUGUUCUCUCUCUCUCUAAAAUAAAUAAAUCUUUUUUUAAAAAAGUGCAUCAUCAUUGGAUUGACUGUAUUUUUUCAUGGAAAUUUUACAUGAGACCCAUCCCUGCCCCCAACAUACACAUACACAAAAGUAUUUGUGUUAGAUAAAUGCAUGUGUUUACUUUACCUUAUAACCUAUGAUCACUUAGAAUGCACCCAGGAUCUGAAAGGCUCACUUGAAACUCAUACUGUAUUCAUUAUAAGUAUUUUAUCUUAACAUAAUUAGAAAGUACAAGGGCAAAGCUGGCUUUCAUAUUAUGUCUAAAGAGAAAUGGCACAAAGAGAAAUCAAAAUACAAAGGAUUUAUACCCCUGCAUGUGUGGAGUCCCAUGGCAAGUCACGUGUACCUCAUUAUCAUUCCUUCUGACCUCCAAAGAGGAUGAGCAUCACAAAUAAAGACAAAUC